GCUGACGCCGGACCCACAUCUGCUUAGCGUCUUUCCUUUAAAAGUUGGGGAAACUGAGGUCCGUGGAGCAGAGUCAGGGUUGAAACCUAAGCUUCCAUUAUCACACGAUGGCUGCACCAGAAGCAGGUUUCUGGGAUCCAAUCUCCCACCGGAGGGCCUGGGGAUCCAGAACUAUGGACCCUGGGGGCAUCCCGAGGUGCUUGCGCUGUGACCCCCACGGGCAUCCUGGAGUCCUUGCGCUGUGGCCCCUCGGGAUGUCCUGGGGUUUUGCGCUGAGGCCCGUCGGGGGCCCCCAUGCCCUGGGGAGCGAGAGCCUACUGCCAUCCUUUCCGAGAUGGAUGGAACGGUGGAACCAGGACUUCAGGACUUGCCCCAGCGGAGGCGCGCACCGAUGACGCACAGCCUGGCGUCCUAGCAACGCGGUUACUAGGGAACGGCAAGCAGUCCGAGACAUGGACGCGACUACUGCCCCGCACCUCAUCCCCCCGGAAAUGCCUCAGUACGGGGAGGACAACCAUAUCUUCGAAAUGAUGCAGAACAUGCUGGAGCAGCUCCUGAUCCACCAGCCAGCAGACCCCAUCCCCUUCAUGAUCAGUCACCUGCGCAGGAACAAUGACAAUGUGCCGAAGGUGGUGAUCUUAGGUCCGCCUGCCUCAGGGAAAACCACCAUUGCAAUGUGGCUCUGCAAACAUCUGAACAGCAACCUUGUCACCAAGGAGAACUUACUAGAGAGAGAGUUCUCCCCCCUGGCUGAGGAAGCCAAGAAACACUUCCAGACUUACAAGAGGAUUCCCAAUUCAUUGCUUGUCGGCCUGGUCCAGGAGCGCCUGAGUGAGGAUGACUGCCUUAGGAGGGGCUGGAUCCUGGACGGCAUCCCUGAGAGGCGGGAGCAGGCGCUGAUGAUCCAGACUGUGGGGCUGGCGCCCAAGCAUGUCAUUGUGCUUAGUGCUCCAGACACAGUCCUGAUUGAGAGAAACGUGGGGAAGCGGAUUGACCCCAUCACUGGAGAGAUCUAUCACACCACCUUUGACUGGCCCCCUGAGUCUGAAAUACAGAACCGGCUGAUAGAGCCAGACGGCAUCUCAGAGAUAGAGACAGCGAAGAAGCUGCUAGAAUAUCACAGAAACAUCAUCAGGAUUCUUCCUUCUUACCCCAAAAUCCUGAAAACCAUCAGCGCAGACCAGCCAUGUGUGGACAUCUUCUACCAGGCUCUCACCUACGUCCAAACUGGUCACCGAUGCAAUGCCCCGUUCACCCCCAAGGUGCUGCUCUGUGGGCCACUGGGCAGUGGGAAGAGCUUGCAGGCAGCCCUUCUGGCCCAGAGAUACGGACUUGUUGACAUCUGCUGCGGGCAGCUGCUGAAGGAAGCUGUGGCAGCCAAGUCAACCUUCGGGGAGCUCAUCCAGCCGUUCUUUGAAAAGCAGAUGACAGUGCCAGACAGCAUCAUCACCAAGGCCCUGGCCGAGCGUCUGAGCAAACAAGACUGCAUCCAGAAAGGGUGGGUGCUGCACGGCUUCCCAAGAGACCUGGACCAGGCACGGAUGCUGACCUCUAUGGGCUACAGUCCCAACAGAACCCAGGACCUCCUGCCCAGGGAUGGCACCACCCGCAGUGGGCUGGGCCUGCCUGCAUCAGUCAACAAUCAAGAAAAUGUUCCACAGACCUGGCCACUGACAAAUCUGAUGGAGGCAUUUCCUCAGUUGAGGUUCCCUUCUCCCGAGGAACUGUGGCUUGUGUCACACUGACCAACACUCACCAGCACAGCCUCUCUCCCCAGUAUCCAGUGAGACACAGGAAUAAGGGUGGGAGACAGAGACAGAAUGGACCGAUAGUACACUGGGGGAGGGCACAGGGGGAGGUCCAGCCACCUCACGGUCACCUCGGGGUGCUUGCAGGAGCUUUUGGUUUAAGUAGAGAAAGAAUGGGGUACAAGAGGUUGCAUAAUUAAGCAGCUCUGCUGGAGGUGUGCUUCUGGCCAUCAUUGUGUCAGCUUGGGUCCUGCAAUGGGGUCAGAUAAGCUUAACUUGGUUCCUUGGGGUGACCUGCCCCCUGGGUACAGCCACUUGGAGACAGCUCUUCUCUUGGGGCAUGGUCAGCUCCACGAAGCUCUGCUGUUCCUGGAAUCCAAGAGUGACUGCAGCUUUAGGUCAGUGACUGGAGACCCGAGGAUGCCUGUGGGGUCUGGAACGGAACGUUGUAAAAGCUGACCGUAAAUUGUCUUAGUUACUAGUGUCUUGGUAUCUUCAGCCUUGACAGGGAUGAGAUAGGUACGCAGACCAGCACUCCUUAUGACUAACAUGCUUAUCCAGAGCCAAGCAGCAGCCCGGCCCAGAAUAAAGGAGGCGGAUGUAGAACAAGGGCAGAGAGGCAAAGUUCUCAGGCUGGUCCUUG